AUGAAGGGAUUAAUACUAUUGAUAAUACUUGUAUUGUUAUCAUUACACUUAAGUGUGUCUGUGAUAGCAACAACAACUACAACUACAACAACAGAGGAAGAUGUGUUGGUGGAGACAAGUACCAUCAAUACAUUGACGAACAAGAAUGAUAUAGAUAAUGUUAUACAAAACAAAGAUAACGUGAAAGAUAAUGAUGUAAAUGGUGUCAAGGAGAAGGACAAAGAGAAAGAGAAGGAGUUGGAUAAACAGCAACAUCAACAACAACAACAUAGAGUACAUGAUGAGACUGAAGUAGUAACAACAUCAGACACAGAGAGUGAUAAUGAUAAUGAUGAUCACGGUGAAUUUAUACACAUAGAUGUCAAGGAUGUCAAGGAUGCUGAUAAACAUGAACAUGUAGUACUUGAGGGAGAGCAUCAACAUCAACACACAAAGACAAGUACAGUCCAACCACAGCCACAGCCACAUGUUGACAAUCAAUCAGAUAACAUUGGUGAUAAACAAGACAACAACAACAACAACAACAACAUCACUCAAGUAGAUAAGGAGCCAGCACUGGGGAGCAAUCAUUCUCACAAUGAAUCUGACGAUAUUCCAGUGGUAGACAAGACUGCACAAACAACAGAGACACCAAUUGUUCAACUUCCAAGCAACAACAACAGCGACAACAGCAAUGAGGAGGCAUCUGGCGAGCAACAACAACAACAAUGUACAAAUGACACAAACAAAGAUGAUCAAACAUGUCAAGUGAGUCCUGGUGCACCAGGUGAAGAAUCAAAUGAAACCAAUGAGCUUCAUGAUAUUGGAUUGAUACCACCAAUAAUGGAAUCUACAUCGAGUUCAACUUCAGCAGUCAUCGAUGUUGUCAGCACUGGUCCCACGAACAUCAAUGGCAGUUCUAACACCACUCAUGACCAACACAACUCGUCGACCCAACACCAGACAGAAGAUAGACAACCCGUUGUUGUUGAUAUUGAUCCUCAAGUGAUCACCGACAAAGACAAGGACAAGCCAGUGGAGAAGGAAAAGGAGAUUGUAGUCGAGGUACCUCAUGAGACAAAGUUGGCACAUGUAUUGGAGACUUUACACAAAGAUGCUGAUCAAGUCCUCACACAGAGGGAGAAGGAAAGGGAGAUGCAACAACUAUUGGACAUCAAGAGAGAGAAGGAGCUCAUCGAUAAGGGCAAUGAUCAAAAGUUGGAACCACUUAACAAGUUCACGGAAAAGGUGAUACUAUCAUUGGCAGACAGUGAAGCUGCAUCUUUAGCAGCGAACAACAUCAACAAUACUGCCACCAACGUCACUGGAGGCAUGUCCAACAACAACAACAACAACAUGACAGUGACCAUACUCACACCAAAAGACCUACCCGACAAGUUUAACUAUGCCAGUGCCGAGUGUGGCGCCACAGUGCUUGCGACGAAUGCCGAGGCCAAGGAGGUGAGCAGCAUUCUACACUCAUCCAAAGAUCGCUACAUGUUGAAUGAGUGCAGCACCAACCAAUGGUUCGUGAUUGAGCUGUGCGAGGAGAUUGGCAUCCAGAUCAUCGAGAUGGCCAACUACGAGUUCUUCUCAUCGAUGUUUAAAGACUUUGUCGUUAUGGGCAUACACAAGUAUCCGAGCAGCACAUGGCACUACCUUGGCAACUUCACCGCAGAGAAUGUUCGCAAGCCACAAUUCUUUGUACUCAAAGAGAAGUCAUGGUACAAAUAUCUCAAAGUCAAGAUCUUAACUCAUUAUGGUGAUCAGAUGUAUUGUCCAUUGUCAGACAUCAAGGUAUAUGGAUCGACAAUGAUUGAUGAUCUAAAGAAUCAGGUGGCUACAAGUUCCAAAGAGGUAGAGAAUAUUGUUAACAAGAUGAGCAAUAAUAUAUCAUUUGGAUCAUUGAACAAAGCAAAGACAAAGAAGGAUAAUACUACAACAAUAUCAUGGGAGUCACUCAAACAGGUAUCAUUGAAUCUUACAUCAAUCCCAACAAGGGAUUCACCAUUCUCUUCUUCUUCAUUAUCUUCAACAACAUCUUCAACAACAUCUUCAACAACAUCUACAACAACACAAGACAAUCAAUCACAAGAAGAACCAAAUGUUGAGGAACAAACAAUACAACACGAAUCAGCUACAAGUCCACAGAGUAUAUUCAAGACAUUGGCCAACAGAGUUAAAUCAUUGGAGAUCAAUCAAUCGAUUUCAAACAAGUACUUGGAGAAAUUGGAAGAGUACUACUCAGAGUUGGUCAGGUCAAUGACGGAGGACCUCGUCAAGAUGCAGAUUGGAUUCGAGGGCAUUGCAGAGUUGGGAUCGGAUCUCGAGAGAAGGGUCACACAGGAGAGACUGUUGAUGGAGAAGAAGGUCACGCAGGACUUUGCCAAGGAGCUAAGCAGCAUGAAGGAGAAGAUCAACAAGUUGGAACAGAAGCACGAGGAGGACAAGAACUAUUAUAUCUCAUUGUUGAUGGCAUCAUUCCUACUAUCAAUCAUUCUUUCAUAUUUGAUGGUAAUCAAGGAUAGUCAUGGUCUGUCAUCUUCAUCCAGUGGUGGAGAUUCAUCAUUGGUGGAUGGACAUAUGAUGAUCAAGCAACAACAACAACAACAUUUGAAAAGAAGGAAUUCUCAUCCAAUAUUGAAUGAGCUUGGUAAUAAUACUGCUACCAACACAUCAUCAUCCACUGGUAGCAGCACAUUCCAACAACAACAGAACAUUAAUAUUUAUAACAUCCUCAAUGAUAGCAAUGAGUUUGGAUACAAUGGUAACAAACAGAACAAGGUACCAGACAGUGCAUUGACACAAUCUCCACCCAUCGUUGUCAACGAAGUGUACAAGACUCAAAAGAAAAAGAAGAAGAAGCAACUAUGA